AUGCAGGUGAACGAGGUGGCGAUGGAAGAGUCGGGGACCAGAAUGGACACGGCGCUGCACCAGAAGCGGCACAGCUCUGCGCUGGGUGGCUGCCGAGACGGGCUAGCGAAGCGGCGGGGGCCGCGCGGGGGACUAACGGCGUGUGGGCUCGUUGUCGACGCGAUAGGCGCAGAGCCCGGGUCGCCGAGCUAUCUGCCGACAACGUCGUCGUCGAACCUGGACGCGGCGGCACGGGCCAUUGACAACAGCAGUCUGAGGCAGGUGUCCAGCACGACCUUGCACGACACACGGCUCGAGCUGCCGUCUCGGCUGUCGAGUUCGCCGGUGCAAGUGGCGCUGGAUCCGUAUCUCACCUGCGCAGACGGUCAGAGUUGCAUAGUAGAUAGAGUCGAGCAUUUUGGCUAUCCGCAGGAGGAGCCGAGCCCGCGCAUGGGCGCAAGGCCCAAGGAAGGCGUGCCGCAGUCGCUGUGGUCUCCGCAUAGCAAGAGCGGCUUCAACACACAUAGCAAAGCGGUCGCGAGCAACAGUGGGAGGCGGGGUUACCCGUGCACUGGCAGCCGCUUCGCUGAUGCCGCUGGGGGCGAGCAGCUCGACGACCAGGGGCCCAGUUCCAACGGUAAUAACGGCAGCAGUAACAACGGCGACGCGUCUGGGGAGGGCGCUGGCCAUCCCGGGGGCGGAAAAAGCAGCGCGGGGGGCGCCAGCAACGGGUCCCGCGGAAAUAGUGACAACAGCGCGAACAAUAAUAGCAACGGAAACAACAGCGGCAACAGCAAUGACAGCGAUAAUAAUGGCAACAGCGACAGUAGUGUUCCUACCGUCGCGGUGACAGCUAAACAGUCCAGCCAGGCCCUAAUGGAGAAAUUGCAAGAGAUCUACAGAAAUAUUGUAAGGCAGGAAACCGAACUACAACAAAGGUGUUCCCAGCUGACUACAUCGCAGACGACUGACCUGAAAAAUUUGUGGAUUAUUUAUAAAGUGAAUGCCGAGCUCAUUGACAAUUAUUUCAUGUUCAUAACCACCGCCUUGUUACCUACACAGCCUGAGGCAGACUUAUUGAUUGGGAAGGAAAUUAUUGAGGUGUACAGAAUUGAACGUCGGCUCUGGGUAUAUGGCACUAUAACCUUCCUAGACGUGCUUAAAAACUUCUCCAAUUUUAUGGAUCCGGAAGUUUGCUGCCAAUUUAUCAUUUAUGUCUUCAUCUCCAUCUCCAAUAUGCUUGGAGAUAUCCCACCUAAAUUCAGUAUCAUCUGGCUUGAACGACUGGGCGACCUGUCGCGCAUGGCCAUAGCUUUGUAUCCGUCUGGAUUUAUCGACUGGAAGCUCAGCGCAGAGCACUGGUAUCACGAAGCGCUCAAAUACACAUUUGGGCAUGGAAAGCUCUAUUAUCAUAUGUCUACAGUGCAGCAAAACACGUUGGCUGCAUUUGUAAAUCUGGGGAAAAGCGUUUUUUGCAGAGACACAUUUAUCCCAUCCCAGCAAUACAUGCAGCUGGUAAUCGACAAUAUCUACCAGCGCGCUUUCGCAGAAAGGAACAGCGGACAUCAUAGAAAUGCACACCUUGUGGAAUACCUAAAGCACACCGAGGUAAUGCUAUUGCCGAGCUUCUUAGAAAGCUCUGAGUUGCAGGAUGUUGUCCUAGCGUUUUUCGAGCAGAAGUUCGGGGUUACGUCAAACGUCGAUUUCUUUGACCCUCGACUCGUUUUUGUUCAGGAUAGCGAAAGGUUAAAACAUUUCUUCAGGCAUGCAUCCCUGUAUGCUGAAUCGCACCUAUUACAACUAGUUGGUUUCGGUGAUCCGAGGAAUCCUUUUGCUUUGUUGUUUGAAUUACCAAAACACUUAAAGGAGCGCAAAGACCGGAGGGAGAAACGUAAAUCAAAAUCUUCCACUUCAACUCAGUAUGAUACAUCAAUUGACGACGACUGCGCUUUUGCAGCACCCUCGGAGUUUUUUGAGACUAUUGAUUCGACCAAGUACAUAUACAAAUUCCCUGACGAUAUUAACAUCUGGAAAGAAUCUCUCUCAUACGCCAAUGUUACUGCCAUGAAAUGUAGUAUGAUUGUCCUGCGGAAGUUUCUGCAUGGUCCAUUGCUAACAGCUUUACCACAUCUGCUACCAUGGGGAUACUUCUUGGCUGCUACUAAUUCGCGGGUAAUCACAAUUCCUCAGGAUGAAAUUAGGAGGUUCUGGGUGGCGUUAGUACGACAGCUGUUUCCUUUUAACACCAUAAUCACCUUUCUGAACGUUUUGCUUCUGUAUAUGAAUAACCAAACUCAAGCAAACUUUCCAUUCGACGAGUACUUCGAACAGUUCAUCGACAUGUCGCUAGCCGACCUCGUAGGUUAUUUCUGCGAGAACGAGGAACUUCCUGAAGUAUGGGAGUGUUGGGGGACCCUUUGGUUCGACGCAUUGAACACUAAGCAUAUCACAAAUUUGACAGACAUAAAUUCAACAGGCGUUAAGGAUCACAUGUUUAUGGACUCGCCUAUUGACGGUAUUAGCUUUGACCACAAUGAUGAAAGUGGCGAGAAAUUCUGGAAAAGGUGUGCGCGGGUGAUUCUGUUAUUCCGUGCACUUGCAUUGGAGUGUCCAUUCGGUCUUCGGGAGAUCAGUGGCGGUAGGAACUGGCGCUCUCUUGUCUUCAAGUUUGAAGAACCACCCUCAGAAUGGUGCGAUAUGUACCUUGAGCCGUUCACCCUUGUAUUUGACACUUUUGAGCAAAUAUCACCAGUAAACCUAGAUCAACGAGCGACUCCUUACUGCGGUAUGACACCUGACAUAGAUAUACGCACCCUACAGGGAUACAGGAUACUGUUGCCUGACUACUAUUGCUUUAACAGAAAUGGAGACAUGAUCACCGGAUCUCUUUACACCAUUGGUACUCUGGAAAGCAGUGGUAUCCAUGGGGGUGACGAUUUCAAUGGCAAAAGGCUCUUAGAGAACGGCGAGCUUGUGAGCACAGAGAGGCGCGACUAUAACAGCCUGAUAGAUAGGGAAGAGCAGCCCAUUAUGGACGAGUUCCUCAGACAUACACAUUGCAAAAAUGACGUCCGCUGGGAGCAAAUGCUCCCUCGCGGAGAUCUUCACUGCUUUGCUGAUACGCAUGUCACAUACUUCGUGCUCGACGCAACGACAUGGCUGCGCCACUUUGGCCAUGUUUACAAGCUCGCCGCGAACAACAUAUUGAAGUUUGCCAUCUGUCUCACCACUUUCCAGGAGCUGCGCUUUCUUCGCAAGUCGAAAGAUGAGAGCGUGCUCGAAGCCGCCACGCGAGCCGUCAUCACCGUGCGCCAGCUGUACUACGAGCGCAAGUUACUGCCUCUCCGCUUCACUGGCAACGUCGCAGGCCAUCUCGAGGAGCAUCUUGAGAUUGAGGAACAGAUGACGUGGCGCUCGCAUGUAGACGAGUUCGUCAUCGAGGCCAUUCAUAAGGCACAGGACAAGUUCAACGCGCUUAACGACGAUGCCAAGGCUGCGUCACGUGACUGUAUUCCCACCGGCGCAGACCAGCGCUUCAACUUCAUCGCGCUUGUUACGGAUGACCUCAACAUGCGAAAUAAGGCUGGUGCCCAGAACAUCAAGGCCUUCUCUACGCGCUUCAUGUUUUCCGUGUGCAACGAGCUCGGCCACGCCAAGAAUGUAUGUACAAACUAG